AUGAUUAUCUCUCCGUCCAAGAUCGCCGCCCAUGUCCGCUUCUUGCUCAUGGAAUUCGACGAUUCCGACUAUCGCUCUCUCGCCCAAGAGAUUUGCCAGUUCUUUGAAUUUGGAGUUGAAUCUAGUAUUUGCCUUCUCAAGACCUGCCUAGACUCUUUCCUCACCUACCGGAAAAGCCAGACAAAUACAUUGCAACUUGAUCAAGUAGUGUCCUUGGUGUUAAAACGUGUCUUGGAAAAACCAAAUUUCGGAACCCUGCUUUUGCACGCACUCAACGAUGUUGAGGCCGUCACUCCAGAGUUUUUGAAUGAUCUUACAGCUUCAUUGCACUUGUCAACCUCGGAGAAAAUUAGAUUUAGCAUGUCCCUCACUUAUUCUGAAAGAUCAGAUGCAAGCACUAGUGGUAAGACUAAUCUAUGCAGUGUGCUGGGUUCUUCCAUCAUUUAG